AUGAAAAAAAGGAAAGUGAAAGAAAGUACAAAUGUGCAGCCAUUUAUAUUUCGCACAAGUGAGCUAGUUAAGCAAAGAGAAAAGAAAAAAGAAUUACAAUAUGACACUGACAGUGAUGUUGGUUCUAGAAGAUUGAGAAGAUCGAACAGUUUUCCAGAUCACCUUCAUGCUAUCCCUGCCAAAACAACAACUUCUACAGAGCUUCGAACCCAAGCAAACAGGGAGAAGAUUACUAAACUGAAAAAAAAUGCAGCAAAUACGGAAAAAAUUUCAAAACCAAAGGAUAAUUUUUUGAAAAAAGAAAUUCAGCUGAAAAUUUCAGCUUACAGCCAGAAAAACAAGAACACAAAAUCAACUCCAAAAUAUCGGGAACAACAGAAAAAUUAUUCACGUCAACUUCAAGAGAUGCGUGAACGUUUAGAGAAAAGACCACUUUUAUUUGAACAAGUAGAAAAAAAAAAUGCAAAAAAUCGUGCUGAGAAAAAAUUCAACGAGACCCUAAGAGAUUUUGGUCUUGAUGAAAGUUUUAUCACAGAAAAAAUGUUAAGUCCCAAGAAUCGGAGACCAUCUUAUCCUCGACCCCGAUCGGCAGAUUAUUAUAAUGGGAACAAAGAUCUUGAUGUCUCUGUUGAGAAAUGGGAGGAGACAAAGGACAAUAUUGAUGAGUCAAGCAACGAUAAAGAUUCAUUUCAAAAUCACUCUUCCAAAAGCAGCCACUGUGAUGACAAUUCCCCAUCUGUACCAGAGUCGAGUUCUGAAGGCACUGAUAGUGGUGAGGAAUCUGCCAGGAGUGGAAAUCUAUCUAUCUAUCUAUCUAUCUAUCUAUCUAUCUAUCUAUCUAUCUAUCUAUCUUAA